AGCAGGCGCAUGCGUUGUAAUUUGACUGCUAGAGAAUACUAUGGCGCUCGCUAGUGUUUUAGGUUCUGAGGCUCUUCAAUGGAGUUGUCAGCGGGACUUCAUGAGUCAAUCCAAACUGGACAACGAUGGGAUGAGCUUUCAGAUGUUACCAGGGGCUUCACAUGGCGUUGAGGAGCCCGGUAUCGAGUUCCUGCACGGGACUACCACGCUGGCCUUUAAGUUCCGUCAUGGUGUUAUUGUGGCUGUAGAUUCUCGCGCAACAGCAGGCUCAUAUAUUGCUUCCCAAACUGUAAAAAAGGUGAUAGAGAUUAAUCCCUACUUACUGGGCACUAUGGCUGGUGGAGCAGCUGAUUGUAGCUUCUGGGAACGUCUUCUUGCCAGGCAGUGUCGCAUAUAUGAGUUGCGUAACAAGGAACGCAUCUCUGUGGCAGCAGCUUCCAAACUGUUGGCGAACAUGGUCUAUCAGUACAAGGGGAUGGGUCUUUCUAUGGGAACCAUGAUCUGUGGCUGGGACAAGAGGGGGCCUGGUCUCUAUUACGUGGACAGUGAGGGAAAUCGUGUGUCAGGCUCUGUGUUCUCAGUCGGCUCGGGUUCCAUGUAUGCCUAUGGAGUCCUGGACAGAGGAUAUGACUAUGACCUUGGUGUAGAAGAGGCACAAGAGCUGGCUAGGCGCUCCAUCUACCAAGCCACAUACCGCGAUGCCUACUCUGGAGGAGUAGUGAACCUUUACCAUGUGCAAGAGGAUGGCUGGGUGCGAGUGUCACAGGAUGAUGUGGCAGAUUUACACCAGAAGUACCAGGAACAGAAAGACUGAGAGAAGAAAAUAAUGUACUCCUGGGUAUAGGGGUUGUGCACCAAAAGGGCAGAAACAGAGGAGGCAAAUGAGUUAUGUUAGGGUGGGUUACUAAGGGCUUUUGGUGUACUCAGAAAUGUUAUGGAAGCUGUGUACCUAAUGCAAGCUUCCUGUUAAGUAACCUGUAGAACAAGUUACAUCCAUAUUUGUAAGAGAUUGCUUAAUCAACCAAUUGUUUAUUGUAACAAAUAUUUUUAUUUGUGCAAUAAACCUUGCUGGUCACAUCUGUAAGCUGUCAGAUCAUUUUUGUAAUUUUAUGAGAGCAGUAACCUGUUUUUGUAUCAAUCAUUCUACUUUUAAAGAGAUAAAACAGUCUGUUUCAUUGUUUAUAAUAAAAAGCACUAAGCAGUUGGUUACGCUGAAUAUAAA